CUUUACAAACUAAACACAAUAGAGAAGCCCUUUCAUCAAAGUCGAAACUUGCUGCUCGAGAAAUCCAAUAGCUCUUUCUGAGUUGUGUUUGGGAUUUCUUAGCGUCAACCAUUUUUUCUUACUGGGUUUUGAAAACGGGGAUUUCUUAGCUUCAGCCAUUUUCUUACUGGGUUUUGAGAACUGGGUUUUCUUCAAGCAGUGAAUGUAUCAAAGAUCGAUAACAUGGAUGGCUAUGUUGGAGUAGAAUCUGAUAAUUUUUCUGUUUCAAAACGUCAAAAAUCAUCACUUAGAUUUCCAUCAUCACCGGACUAUUUUUUGCAUUGGGGAGUUGCAAAUUCAGAAGAUUUUGAGUCCCCGAAUGAGUACUGCAUUGGUGCAGCAAAUUUGACAAGCGAAGAACUUAAAGUUGAGGUUGAAACCUCCAUUCGUGGAGAGUCAUCCACUGAGUCAAGUUGGUGUGAAGAGUUUCCCUUUGUUGAUUGCAGACAAAUGAAUCCAGAAGCUUCUCUAGACAGGACCAAACAUUUAGGCGAUCAGCCAGAUUACCAGCUUGAUGGAAUUGGCGGGAUAGAUCAGACAGAUGACAUUUUCUUAAGAUCAUUAUUUGAAGAAACUCCACCUGGCAUGGAAAAUCCAUACAGAUCUAUUUGUAUGUAUCUUGUGUCCGACUCCAGUGCAAUGACAUCAGAAAAUCUCUUGACAGAGAUGAUAGUGGAUUCACAAAGUAUUUCAGUGGACACAUCGGAUACAAACAGCCCAAAGGAUCUUGAUAGUAAUACACACUACUUUCCUUCAUCAGCAGCCUGGGACAGAGAGGAAAAUACUCCAAAUUUUAUGCCAGUCAAUUCGGAGAAAAUGGAAGAUUGUUCAAUGAAAAAGGAACCAGCAGUAUUAGGAUUGAUCCAUGCUGAGCUAAACAGCCCUUGCAAAGGAGAGAUAAAUUUGAAUGCCGGGAGAUCUUUAGAGGAAUCUGUGUUGCAGGAGCUUGAAGUUGCUAUGGCACAGGUUAAAUUGACCAAGAGCACACGUAUUUGCUUUCGAGAUUCCUUUUACCGCCUUGCCAAGAGCUCAGAACAACCACAUGCAGUAAGUCAGACUCAGAGUGGAGAGAAUUCCAUCGAAAAACACUCUAUGUCACCAGUUCCUCACAGAACAUCCAGGUUCCAAAAGGUGAAUGGUACAGACUAUCAGACUAACACCAUUGAUAGGACCAUUGAGAAGCUCAUGUAUGAUAAGCUGGACUGUGACACAACUGAUCUUUCUUCUGAUGCAUCAGUAGACUUAAGCAAGGAAACUGUCAUGAUGGAAGCAUCAACAAGCUAUUGCUUUAAUUGGACACUAAUCUCUCCAUCUCCUCGUUGCUCAGUGCUACCACAAGAUGCUUACACUUCGACCUUUGGUGGAGAGAACAAGACAAUGAUCGAUUUUUAUUGAGAUUUAAUGCGUAGAACCAGUACUAGGUUUGGUAUGUAAAUGAAAUAUGAGAAGCCUUGAAACCAAGUUAUUGUUUA